AGUUCGCAUUGGGCAAUGAUCGCGUGCGCUCGGCAAUCGAAAUCGAAUCGAACCGGAGUCGGAUUCGAAAUCGGGAAAUCGGACGUUGAAAUCGCAACGAAUCGCGUUUUCCAAUUAACAAGUUAAUAGAAUUUUUGUUUAUUUUUCGUUUCACGUGGAUAGUCAUUAAAAUAAAUCAAAAUAGCAAAUACAAUGAAACAAUUGCCAGCUGAAGUUGCAUAGAAGAAACUGAGGCAAGCGAAACGCAACGAAAGUGUACCGAAGUGAAGUGAAGUGAGCUGAGGUGAAGUGAGGUGACGAAAAGUGAGCGCCACAACGCCACAAUGGACGUCAAAGAUAUCAAGGGCGCCAAGGUGACGCACGCGGGUCUGCUCAAGCACAAUACAGAUGGCACCACCGAGACCCAAAAGAUCACACAUGCCGGCCUGGUGGCGCGCAGUCCCGAAGGCACCGCCGCCAAGGGCAUGAAUAUACGCGGCAACGAAGACCUGUGGGUGGAAAUCCAAGCGAACACCUUUCGCAAUUGGGUCAACGAGCAUUUGCGCGAGACGGGCAUGCAGGUGCAUGACUGGGCUACGGACUUCUGCGAUGGCACCUGUCUGUGUGCGCUGGUCGAGAACCUGCAGACGCGUCCGCUGAAACCAUCCUGGAAUCGCCGCCCGGCCAAUCAGCAUCAUUAUCUGGAGAAUGCCACAACCGCUCUCAAGUCGAUUGAGGCGGAUCACAUAAAGCUGGUGAACAUUGGCAACGUGGACAUUGUCAACGGCAACGUGAAGCUGAUAUUGGGCCUCAUCUGGUCGCUGAUUGUGCGCUACCAAAUCGGACGCAGCAAGUUUCCGCCGCGCAAACUCAUGCUGGCCUGGCUGCAGGCCGCGCUGCCGGAUUGCAAGAUUACCAAUCUCACAACAGAUUGGAAUAGCGGCGUCAACUUGGCCGCGUUGCUGGACUACUGCCAGCCGGGCCUGUUUCCGCACUGGCGCAGUCUCGAUCCUAGUCAGAGUGUGCGCAAUUGCACCAAUGCCAUGAAUCUGGCGCAGCGCGAGUUUGGUGUGCCUAAGGUGCUAGAGCCCGAGUAUUUGGCCUCGCCUUGGCUGGAUGAGCUAUCCGGCAUGACGUAUUUGUCGUACUUCAUGAAACCAGGUGGACCCGGCUACAAUGCCACCAUGCGUUGGGUUAACACACAGGUUAAGGAGCCCGUCAAGAAUUUUACGACCGAUUGGAACGAUGGACGCGUGCUGUGCGAAAUCAUCAAGGGACUGGGCGGCUCGGCGCCAGCGCCAGAUAAGCUGAGCACCGAUCCCUUUCACUAUGAGAACAAUAUACGCAAGGCUGUCGACGCUGGCGCCAAGCUGGGCGUACAGCCCAUAUUGACGCCCAAGGACAUGGCGAAUCCGGAAGUUGAGCAUCUGGGCAUCAUGGCAUAUGCAGCCCAUCUGCAGUGGGUGCCGCCACGUCCACCGCUCUCCGACCUGGUCAACGUUUAUUUGGAGAGCACAUCCGGCCGUGUGGGCGAACCGACGCAUUUCCGCAUCGACGUGCUGUCGCGGGACAUCAGCUUGAGUUCAGUGCGCUGUCACGUGGUGCCCCCGUCCGGUAAUCCCGGGCAGCCGGUGCGUUUAAAUGCGCAUGGCGAGGGCGUUUACGUGCCGGAGCGCUAUGGUAUGCACGAGAUUGUUGUGGAGAUUGGCGAGGAUAGCCUGGGAGGUCAUUUCUUCCGCGUGUUGCCGCGUCUCCUGCAGGUGGCGCCACCUGGCAUGGCGCCCUGCGCCCUGGGCAGCCUGGUCGAGGUGCUAGUUAAUGCAACAGGCGCGCCCAAAACGGAAGAUAUUCUGGUCACAGCAGUUUCGCCGACGGGCAUCUCGCACAACUGUCCGCUGAAGAAGAUCGACGAGGGACACAGUGCCAUAUUCAAGCCGGAUGAGGCGGGCAUCUGGGAGAUAGCCAUCACCUAUCAGGGCCGUCACAUCCAAGGCGGUCCAUUCACCUGUGCCGUGUUCGAUGCCUCUGGCGUCUCUGUACAUGGCCUGGAUGGCGCCAUGCCGCUGCGGGCUCACACCUUCGAGGUGGACGCACGCGGCGUGGGAGUCAACGGCGAGCUGCAUGUGGACAUUGUCCAUGACAAGCACUCGCUGGUCUGCUCUGUGGAGAAGAUCGUGGAUAACAAGUAUCGGGUGACCUUUAUGCCGCGUCAGAAUGGCAAAUAUCGCGUGUAUAUCUACUUCAAUGGCUACGAUGUCAAGGGCUCGCCCUUCAUCAUGCGCGUGGGCACUAAAGGUCGCUCGGGCAAGACACGCAGCAGUCCGCUGCAUGAGAGCAAACAUCGCUCGGAGAGCCCCUCAAUGCACUUCAUCUCCACGACAAAUACGCGUCACAAUGACUAUCGCAAUGCGUCGCUUUCUCGUCGGGAUUUGCACGGCCAUAACACGGCCGAGCGCACCAGCAGCUACUCGCCGCAGUAUUCACCCAAGCUAGACACAACCGACUACCACACUUCCAGCUCCAGGUACUACAAGCGCGAGAGCGAGGAGAACCACGGCUCCCCCACACCGCCCCUGCCGCCAACGACUAGCGGCUCCCCCACAGUGAAAUAUUUGAACUCGACGGACCUUUACACGGAAUCUGCCGGUGGUCGGCGUGACUCGAAGACCUCCAAUAGCAGCUCAACUCGGAAUGACUACUACUACGACAAGGAGAACGAGCUGUAUAGCCAGCGGCGCAUCGUCAGCAAGCCCAAGCUGGCGCCGCCGCGCGAGGAGCGCGAGCUAACCACCAACAGCAACAGCAGCAGCAGCUUCCAGCGACACCAACAACUGACCAGCUCGCUCAGUCCAAUACCUAGUCCCACACUGAAUACGCGCUCCAGCGAGCUGCACUCCCACAGUCCGCUGACUAUUAAGACAUCGAAUCAGUACGAGAGCUCCACACGCAACAUAACCAGCAGUCCGCGUCACGCCUCCGCCUCGCCGGUGCAGCGCUAUUCGCCCAACAAUGCGUACAUCAGCACGGCCACACAUCGCAUAGGCAGUCCCGUGACCAGCACCCUGAACAAGAACGGAUACGAGUCAACGCGCGUGGAGAAGUCAUCCACCUACAAAUCCACCUCGAACUAUGUCACCGAUUCGAAUGUGCGCGCCAGUCCCUCGCUCUAUGGCACAGCCGAGCGACUACGUCGGAUUGGCUCGCCGGAGCCGCGCAUUGAUCACUCCUCGAAUGUGCGCGUCUCUUCGCUGAAGCCGGCGUCGGCGCGUCGCGAUAGCUGGGAUGUCAUCAACAAAACCAAGCAUAUGCUCUCGCACAAUUCGCUCGAAUCGCUGGCGAACAUGACCGAGACGCAGCUCAACACGGAGCUUAACUACGCACGCCCCGAUCUGGACCACGAGACGCAGCGCAAUACACAGUACAACAAAUUCGCAUUGCACAAGCAGCAGCAGCAGCAACAGCAGCAACAGCUUCAGUCGGACUACCGACGCGACUCGCCCGACGACGUGGAUCGCUACAAACCCAGUGCCAUCACCGUCAAGUCACACUCGAACAACACGUAUACGGACAAGUCCGGCGGCUAUAUCAAGACCGUCAAGGAGUCCAGCGAGCAUGUGGUCACGGAGAGCAAUGGCCAUAGCUCGGCUAAUGGGCCGGGCUACGGCUACAGCUCGCUGUCACGCUUUCGACCCAUAGACAGCAAUGCGACAGGUGCUCGGGCCAUACGCGUACAGGACAUACCCAAUGGCUCCAUUGGACGUCCGGUGGAAUUUGAGAUCGAUGGCUCCAAGGCCGGUUCCGGCAAUCUGGAAAUUUUGGUUAAUGGCGGCCGGGUCACAUCGUCGGUCCGCUCGCUGGGCGGCCAGCGCUUUAUAGCCAGCUUCACGCCACACGAACAUGGAACACACACCGUGCAGAUCACUUUCAAUGGAGAAACGGUACCAGGUUCACCGUGGCACGCUGAGAUCAUGUCGUCACCCGGCCUAACCGCUCUGGGCGAAUCCACACGCCUUGUGCCCGCCAAUACGCCGGCGGUUUUUGAGAUACUGCCGCCUCCUGGACAAAGCCUGAGCAAAGGCGAGUGCGUGGCAACGGUCUUGACUCCAAGCAAGUCAAAGCUGAAUGCCAGAGUCACCCAUGAGGCGGCAAAUGGUGCUGCACGCAUUGAGUUCGUGCCCACCGAAGUGGGCACGCACAUCAUUGAUGCGUCCAUCAAUGGCACGAAGAUCGCUGGCGGUCCUUUGAUAGCAAAGGUCUACGAUGCCAGCCUGAUCCAAGUGACCGAGGUUAAUGGCGGCGUGGUUGGCCAGCCAUGCCAGUUUCGUGUGGACGCCAGUGCGGCUGGUGAGGGACAGCUGGAGAUAUCCAUAAAUGAGGGCGAGGUGCCCAACCAUGUCCAGGUCGUUGGCGGCGGUCGUUGUCUCGUCUCCUUCACCCCCGAGCAGGCGAAGUCCCAUUUGAUAGACAUCAAGUUCAAUGGGGAGACGGUGCGCGGCUGCCCCUUUGUCUGUGCCGUGGCGGACACCUCGCGUGUUCUUCUCAACCUGUCCAAUCUGGAGCUGAUACCGGUCAACAGGCCCUCGUCCUUUCACAUCACGGUGAGCGGUGGUGGAGCCGCUGAACUGGCGGUCAGCGUCCGUGGGCCACUCGGCGAGUUGCCCGUCCGCGUCACUGGCGAUAUACAUGCCGGCUUCACGGCGGAGUUUACGCCCACCAGCGUCGGCGGCCACUCGAUAAAUGUGGAGUACAAUGGCUUUGCGGUACAGGGCACACCAUUUCUGGCCAAGUCAUAUGAUGCCAGCAAGGUGGUCGUUGGUAGCGUCUCCCGUGGCACCAUGGGUCGACCCGUGCAGUUCACUGUGGAUGCGGGCGAUGCUGGCGAGGGCAAUCUAGAGAUAACCAUAUCGGCCAAGGGUCAAAAUAUACCCACACAGGUGCAUCCCCAGGGCAGUGCAAGAUUCUCCGUUUCGUUUGUGCCGACAGAGUCGUGCGAGCACACGAUUAAUGUCUCCUUUAAUAAAAUGCCCGUGCCCGGCUGCCCAAUAACGGUUAGCAUUAGCGGCGGCGUAGCCGGGCCCCAGGUAUCCCUUGGCGGUCCCGGGCCGGUGCAUCAGACCAAUUCUUUUGUUAUCAAUCACAAUGGCGGCCGUUUGGAAGACAUUGAGGUCAACGUCGAAGGUCCCGCCGGACAAUCUGUGCCCGCCCAGGUGCAUCAGUCCGCCGAGGGUGUCUUCAAGGCGGAGUUUGUGCCCCGAGUCGUCGGCGAACAUCGCGUCAAUGUCACUGUCAAUGGUUUGCCCACAGCUGGCAGUCCCUAUGCGGCUAAGGUUUAUGACGUCAGCGCCAUCAAGGUGAAGAAUGUGAGCAGUGGAACGGUGGGUAAGCCUGUUACCUUCCUGGUCGAAACUUCCCAGGCUGGUCCCGGCAAUCUGGAAGUCACAGUAAACGGCGGUCGUGUGCCCACCUCGGCACAGGCACAGGGCCAGCACACAUAUGCUAUCAGCUUUACACCACGCGAAGCUGAGAGUCACACGGUGGAGCUGCGUUUCAACAGCCAGGAUGUGCCUGGCUCACCAUUCACGUGCCGGGUGGCGGCCGCAGCACGCAUACAAUCGCCCGAGACCAUGGACAAGGUCAGCGUGGGUCGCCUCUUCGAGUUUGUGGUGGAAUCAGACACCAAGCCAACGGUGGAAGUGCUCGGCCCGGCCAGACGAAGUGUCCCGGUGAAGAUCGACGCACUCGGCUCAACGCUGGGCUACAAUGUCAAGUUCGAGCCCAUGGAGGUGGGCGAUCAUUCGGUGGAGGUGCGACUGCCUGGCGGCGGUCAUGUGGAGGGCAGUCCCUUCCUGCUGAAGGCCUACUCCGCCGAAAAGGUAAUCGUAACGGACAUACGACCUGGCGUGGUCAACAAGAGCGUCAGCUUUGGCAUCAAUGCCUCCCAGGCGGGCGCCGGCAAUCUGGAGAUCAUUGUCGCCGUCAACGGCAAGAAUGUGCCCAACUUUGUGCAAUCCGAGGGCAAUGCGCGUUUCAAGGUGAACUUCAAGCCCACAGAGGCGGCUGCCCAUUCGCUUUCCGUGCGCUUCAACGGACACCCGGUACCGGGAUCACCCUUUAGCUGCCACAUAGCAGCUGCUGCCGCCAGUUCUUCGGGCGUGCCACGCGCCCAGGCGCUGGGCGAAUGCCUUAAGCAAGCGGCCGUCAAGAUGGACAACACCUUCGAGCUGGAGGGCUUUGAGGGCAUCGAGCCACAGAUAUUUGUCACGUCGCCCGCCGGUGACAACGAGCACUGUCAACUGAGUCAGCACGAUGGCGGCAGCUACAGCGCCUCCUUCCGACCCAGCACAGUGGGCCGCCAUCUGAUCAGCGUGUUGGCGAAUGAUCAGCACAUAAAUGGAUCACCUUUCAGCUGUAAUGUGUUCGACGUCUCCCGCGUGAGCAUCAGCGGCCUGGAGCAGCAGUAUGGACCUGCCACGCUGGGGGUGCCUGUCACCUUCAGUGUGGAUGCAGCUGGCGCAGGGGAGGGCACACUUGAGCUGGUGGUGUCCACCGACAGCAGCACUGUCAAGGCCGAGGUGGUCGCCUGUGCUCGCGGCCUCUACGACGUCACCUUUGUGCCACAGAGCACCGAGCCGCAUUAUGUGAAUAUUACGUUCAACGAGGUCGCCGUUGACGGCAGUCCCUUCCGCGUGGACAUACAGCAGCACACCCAGCACAUACAGAUUGGCAGUCUGGCAGCCAUUGAUUUUCCGGCCGACGAUCAGAUUGUAGAGAUACUGGCGCCCGAUCAGAAGCCCGUGCCGUACACCAUCAAUCGCCAGACGGCGGAGUUCCGCACCCACAUGACCGGCAACUACACGCUGCGCUUUAUUGACCGCGAGACGCGUCAGCACAUUGGCACCCGUACGCUCUGCGCCUUUGAUCCCAUGCUGGUCAAGAUCACCGAGGUGGGCGAGGCUCUGUGUCAUCGUCCGGCCAGCAUCAGCGUGUCGCUCAACGAAGCCGGGCAGGGUGAUCUGUCGGCGCUGGUGCGUUGCGGUGUCACCGAGGUGCCGCACACCAUACGCGGCCCCAGCAAAUCGGGCGUCUACGAGAUUGUCUACCAGCCCACGCGUGUGGCGCCGCACAAGAUAAGCAUACUCUUUAACGAUGUGCCCAUAUCGCUGAAGCCACUCGAGAUUAAUGUGCUGCCUGCCAGCGCUGGCAAAGAGAUCAGCGUCAGCGGUCUGGGCUUGUAUCAGGCGCGGGUGGGCAAGACCACAUCCUUUGCCAUUGACACAGUGAAGCGGCCGGCGCGAGAGUUCGAUGUUGUGGUCUCCGGACCCGGUGGCCAGGCGCUGCCCGUGCGCUGCUAUCAGACCAAGAAUGGACACCUGCAGGCGGAGUUCAGCAUUAAUAAGCCGGGUCAAUGCGUUAUCGAGGUGCUGCAUCAGUCAAAGCCACUGCCGGGCAGCCCCUUCACCUGCGAGGCGUUUGACAGCAGCAAGGUCACUGUGCAGGGCGUCACCAAAGAGCCACUGGCGCUGCACAGCUCCAAUAGCUUCACCGUGCGCACAGACAAUGCCGGCACUGCCGAGCUGGAAGCCUUUGCCAUUUCGCCCACUAACCAGAGCCUGCCCGUGCUCAUCAGCGAACAGUCCGAGGGCAUUUACAACGUAGAGUUUGUGCCCUCCCAGCCGGGCAACUAUAAGCUAACGCUCAUGUAUGGCGGCGAGACGAUUCCCAGCUCACCGCUUAACUUCAGCGCCUCGUCGAGUGGCGUGCGUAAUGAUGCACGCGCUGCUGGACACGGCUUGGAAGUAUGUCAUCGUAACAAGGAGGCCUCCUUUGUUGUCUAUUGUCCCAUUGCACCCAAUGUGCAGAUUGAACGCGUGGACGAGUUUGGCGAACGCAUCGAGCCCAAGAUCAAGGCGCUGGGCAACAACGAGUGGCGCAUCUCAUAUGUUAUUUUAUCGGUGGGCACCUACGAGAUUCGUGCCAGCUGCCCCAACCGCGGCAGUUUGCCCGGCUCACCUUGGCGCAUCUGCUGCGUGGAGUCCACCAAGGUCACUCCUGUUGGCGGCUGGGGCACGCUGGUUGAUCAUGACGGACGUUUAAUAUUGCCGGCACGCAUUAUCUUCGAUAUGGAGAAUGCCGGUCCCGGCAAGCUGGUCUGCAGCAUCGAUGGCAUUGAAAUACCCGUCGAUAAGCUGGCCGAUGGCAAGAUGUGUCUCAACAUCACGGGCGACAAUCUGGCCGCCGGCGAGCAUGAUCUGGAUUUGACCUGGAGCGGUUUGACCAUCACACAGUGUCCACGCAGCGCCUUUGUAACGGGUCAGCAAGCCGCCGACAAGGUGGUGCUAAUGGGUCGCGGACUAGCCGCCGCCCAGGCCGGCGAGGCGGCGCACUUUACCAUCGAUGCCUCCAAUGCGCCAGCCGGCCGCCCGGAAGUUAUUUUGAUCACGCAGGAGAAUACUGCGCUGCCCGUGAGCCUGGCACAGCCGCGGCCCAGCGAAAACAUUUGGCUGGCCUCGUACACGCCGCAGAAGUCCAUGACAGGCACUCUGACGCUGUCGGUCAAGUGGAAUGGCCGGCUGGUUAAGGGCUGCCCGCUCACUGUGGCCGUUGGCUCCUCCAUGGACGCCUCUAAGGUCAUUGCGUCCGGUGAAGGUCUGCGCCACGGCAUUGUCGGCAAGGACAUCAAAUCCUGGAUAGACACCCGACGCGCCGGACCUGGCGAGCUAACCGCCCACUGCGCCGGCGCACGCAAGGUGGCCUACUGCGAGCUGUAUGACCAUGGUGAUGCCACCUUUACGCUGAACAUUAAGCCACAGGAGCCGGGACGUCAUCUGCUGACCAUCAAAUACGGCGGACAGAAUGUGCCCGGCUCACCAUUUGCGCUCAAAGUGGCCGGCGCACCAGAUGCCAGCAAGGUUCGCGUUUAUGGGCCCGGCAUCGAGCAUGGUGUGCUGGCCACCUUCCAAUCGCGAUUCAUAUGCGACACACGUGGCGCUGGCGCCGGGCAGCUGACGGUGCGCGUGCGCGGACCCAAGGGUGCCUUCCGCGUGGAAAUGCAGCGCGAGAGCCAAAAGGAUCGCACCAUUCUGUGCAAAUACGAUCCAACGGAGCCGGGUGACUAUCGCGUCGAAGUCAAGUGGGCUGGUGAAUUUGUGCCCGGUUCGCCGUUCCCCGUCAUGAUCUUCGACACCGAGGAGGAGUUACGAAGGUACUUGCAGGGCAUAUGAGGCCAGAUCAACCAUCCCAUCAUUGUCUUCCCCAGUGGCCUGACUCCGCCCAUUCGCUAUCAGCCUGCGGCUGCCACUCAGCAGUCGCGUCGUGCCGCCUGUGUUCCACUCUAGUGGAUGGCACAAAUAUUUAUAGUGUAUAUGUGGGGUAUACAUAUGAGCACGCACGUGUAGCUACAAUCGCAGAUCGUUAAGAUCAACCAUUAUAUAUUUAUAUAUAUAUAUAUACAUAUGUUAUGAGUACUAGUUAAGUUUUAAAACCGAACGAAACGAAUCGACUACCAUAAGUCUAGAUGAAGUCGCGGCCCGCCAGGCUCAGCUCUUCGGGCUACAAAAGGCUUUGGCGCUACGAUAAAUAGCUUUCUGUUCUUAUAGUUGUAGACCUAAUACCUAUGUAAUACAAUGUUAUUAUUGCGAAACUAUUUGAUCCAAAUGUUUAACAACGUAUUCAAUACAAAUACACGACAUUAAAGUACACAUACAUGCUGCC